GACGCCGGCAGCGUUCCAUUAGUGAUCCAGUAACGUUGAGACAUAGCGACCUGUCGUCCCAUCAUUUGCCGACGCGUUAGUCUGCGUGGCAGGUCCAGCAGGUGCUUCGGGCUUCCUUCGCCGGUCACUCGGGAAGCGACUCCGCCGCCGACCGAGAUCAACCGAAGGCGUUUGUACGCGGCCAUAUUCACGAACUAGCUGCGGCGACAAAGACGACGAUUAACGACACAUCCGCGCCACGCCAGACCAACCAAUCAGCCAGCGCCAGCGCGUUCCUGUCAAGUGUCUAUAAGCGUUGUUCCUGCCUCGGAGGGUGCCUGUGGGGCUCGAGCUGCUGCAUUCGUACCCGGACUUUGCCAAGAAAGAAAAAAUGUCGAAAGUGGCGGUAAUGCGACCCCGCAUGGCCGCUGGCUGCGCCGCGUCAGAACUCCGAACGGUACACGUGGGACGCUCCCCGGUCGUCGCAGGGGUACCGGGAGGAGGCAGCCAGGUGGCGCCCUCGGCGCUCCCCUACACCGGCCCGACACAGGCUUCGUUCGCGCAAGCCAUCUCGCAGAGGGUGGCGCCCUCUGCCGCUGCGCAGCUGCGGGCUAACGCCGCCGCGGCUGCCGCUGCCGCCACCACCACCUCCUCCGUCACAAGCGCGAACGUGGUAGCCGCCUCGGCGGCCAUCAACCACGGCGGGGGAACCGCCAACGGAAACGGGGCCCGCAGCGUGGCCCCCACCGAGGGGUCGCUGCCUGCGACGUCGCCCUCGCCAACGGGCACGGCUGUGCGCGGUCACGGCAACGGGAUCAGCAGGGACAAGUCGCAGAGCGACGAGCUCAGGAUUCAGGAGAUCCAGCGGACUCUUCCGUCCCACUUUCCACGGCGGCCGGCGCAAGGCAGGCUGGGCCGGCCCAUCCAGCUGACCGCCAACCACUUCGCCGUCGAGAUCCCGGCCGGGAACGUGUACCACUACGACGUCGAGAUCUUCUCCGAGACCCGCAAGGAGGUCAAGGUGCCCGAGAACCGAAAGUACCGCUGCAUAAGCACCAAGAUCAACCGCCUUGUCAUCGAGCUGCUCGUCAAGAAGUACCGCCUCGACCUCAGCAACUGUGUGCCGGCCUUCGAUGGCCGCAAGAACCUCUACACCCGGCGCGAGCUCAAGUUCCGCGAGCGCACCUUCACGGUCGACCUGGACGAGGACCAGCGGGUCCAGAAGUUCGUCGUCAAGAUCCAGUACGCGGCCACCGUGAACCUGGACGCGCUGCACGCGGUCUUCGACAACCGCGUCAACACCGUUCCACAGGAGGUCUUGCAGGCCGUCGACAUCGUGCUGCGCCACGGUCCGUCCAUCAAGCUGACGCCCGUCGGCCGGUCCUUCUUCAAGCCGCCGCCCCACAACGAGAACAACACGCUCGGCGGGGGUCGCGAGGUCUGGUUUGGCUACUACACCAGCGUGCGACCGGCCCAGUGGAAGCCCAUGCUGAACGUGGACAUGUCCGCCACGGCCUUCUACGAGCCGUUGCCCAUCAUCUCGUUCAUGUGCAAGAUCUUCAGCGAGGGCCGCCGCGAGAUGACCGCGGGCGACUUCCGGGACCUGCGCGACUUCCAGAACGUCCGCCUCAACAAGGAGCUCAAGGGCCUGCGCGUCAAGGUGACCCACCUGCCGUACCCGCGGAAGUACAAGGUCAUCCGCGUCACCAAGGAGCCCGCGAAGAAGCUCUACUUCAACAUGGAGGACGGCUCGCGGUGCUCGGUCGCCGACUACUUCCAGAACCGGUACGGCCGGCUCAACUACCCGAACCUGCCCUGCGUGCAGACCGGCAGCGCGACGCACCCCGUCUACCUGCCGCUCGAAGUGUGUGAGAUCGUCGAGGGCCAGCACUGCAAGAAGAAGCUCGACGAGAACCAGACGUCCGAGAUGAUCAAGCGCACGGCGCAGCCGCCGGCCAAGCGCUUCAACGAGAUCCGCCAGUCGGUGCGUGACCUGGUCAGCAGCAGCGAGCAGUGUCUGCGCGAGUUCUCCAUCAAGAUCAGCACCGAGCCGACCCAGCUCAAGGGCCGCGUACUGGAGCCGCCGUCGCUGGUGUUCGAGAACAACGCGGUGAGCAAGCCGCGCGAGGGAACCUGGGAGCUCCGGGGCCGCCACUUCUACAAGGCCGCGACACUGAGCCGCUGGACGCUGCUGAACCUGAGCCGGUUCGCCCAGCGCGACAGCCUCGAGAACUUCGCCAAGAUGCUCGUGCGCGUCGGGCACGAGCUGGGCAUGCGUAUCGAGCAGCCGCUGGACAUCGGCGCCGCCGACACCAACCGCAAGCCGGUCCGUUCCGUGCUGCUGGAGGAGCAGCGCAAGCAGCCUAACCUCGAGAUGAUCGUCAUCGUGCUGGCCAAGAACUCCAACUACGCCGAGAUCAAGCAGGUGGCGGAGACCGAGAUCGGGCUGCGCACCCAGUGCGUCAUGGACAACAACGUGGUGAAGAAGUGUAACGCCGCGCUCGUCACCAACCUCUUGCAGAAGAUCAACGCCAAGCUUGGCGGCACCAACAACAGCCUGCUGUCGCAGGAGAAGCCGGCCAUCUUCCAGAAGCCCGUGAUCAUCAUCGGGGCGGACGUGACCCACCCGGCUCCCGGGGACAAGCUGAGGCCCUCGAUCGCCGCGUGCGUGGGCAGCCUCGACUCGAUCCCGUCAAAGUUCCACGCCUCCAUCCGCAUCCAGAUGGAGGACUCGGCGGCCACGGCGCGCGUGGAGAUCAUCAAAGACCUCAAGGACAUGAUGAAGGACAUGCUGAAGGCCUUCUACCGCGCCACCAAGCACAAGCCCGAGCGGAUCAUUUUCUACCGCGACGGUGUGAGCGAGGGCCAGUUCAUGGAGGUUCGCAAUCGGGAGGUAAGCGCCAUCCGGCUGGCCUGCCAGGAGCUGUCGCCCAACGAGACGUACGAGCCGGCCCUGACGUUCAUCGUGGUCCAGAAGCGUCACCACACCCGGUUCAUGCCGGCCAGCGACCGCGACGGCGUUGGCAAGUGCCGCAACGUGCCUCCCGGCACCACCGUAGACUCCGUGGUCACUCAUCCGCUGGACUUCGACUUCUUCUUGUGCAGCCACUUCGGCAUCCAGGGCACGAGCAAGCCCUCGCACUACUACAUAGUGUGGGACGACUCCAACUUCUCGGCCGACGACCUGCAGAAGCUCAGUUACUACCUGUGCCACACGUACGCCAGGUGCGCGCGCAGCGUGAGCAUCCCGGCGCCCGUGUACUACGCCCACCUGGCCGCGUACCGCGCCAAGAACCACGUGAUGAGCAAGGUGGACGUCUCGAGCUCCAGCAGCGACUCGUCCGGCGGCAGCGCCGACUCGGUCUCCACCAGCCAGUACGUGGAGGCCGUCAAGGUUCUGGACUCCCUGCAGACGGCCAUGUACUUCGUGUGACCCCCCCCGGCAAGCUUCGUCGUCUGCUCGGAGGUCAGGGGGCGAGUGCCGCCGCCUCAGAUGCAGGCUGGGAGGUCUUGGGUCCCAGCAGCCUCUUCAGCCAGUUGGACGAGCCGGAGCUGGAGCUCAGAGUCCGGGCUGCGCAGCAGGGUCUCCCAGGUGUCUCUACUACCUAUUUUGUGCGUUCCCCCGGGAGAGUACGGACAUUCCCAUAUUAUGUGGUCGAGGGUCCAUCUCGCCCCACAAAGAUUACAUUUAUCGCUCCUGGCCUCGGGGAACAUGUGGUUCGCCAUAACCGGGUGCGGAUAUGUAUAAGUUUGUAGUCGGCCAGUUGUAUUUGCCAUCCACUUUCAUCGCCAUUUAUUGACCAUUUCUUUAAAGGUCAGUUAAGGACAAGUAUUUCCUCCUAUGCUGUCCCUGGUGUCACUGUUUGUAGGCAUCUUAUGACAUGACUAAUAAAAAAUUUUCGGCUAUUGGAGCGCCGCGAAAACAAAACUAGGUGGCUACAACGACCCAAGCCUUGCGCCCUGCGAGGCGGCGUUCUGCUUACGUCAUCAAACAGCGGCCAGCCAGCCCGCUGUGGCCCGUGUCCCUCGCUGCCACAGCGCUCUGGAUGCUUCUUCUGUGCUUGAUCUUUAUUGAAACGAAUGCUGCACUGUAUAUUAUGUGCGUGAUACCAAGGAAUGUAUGCACUCUUCGCUUCAAAAAGGAGAUAUAUUUCUUUAUGUGAUCGUGAAGAUGAUUGCGAGAAUGGUAAAUAUAAAUUCGAUGCCGGCCAGUAUGAGUCCCUUUUCAAGUAAAAGAGCAUGACCUGUAACAAAAGGAAGAAGAGGCAUUUUUCAGACUCGCAGUGCCUAUUUCGCGUUUGUUGUCUUUCAAUGCUCCAGCAAGCAGGCAUUCGCGUCAACCAUAAAAUGUUCUAUGCAAUGAAGUUGGUUUUUUUCGCUCCUUUCUUUUUUCAUUUCGCAAGGAAACAGUAAUACGUGAUGGUGCAUCUGAACUAUUCCCACGGCGUGCCAGUAGGGUGCCUACUGGGUCUCCCUCUUACCCACUCACGGAGGGAAGGAGAGCAACCGCAUUGAGACACCCUAUUCGGACCAUAGGGGCACGGCCUCGUCAAGCGGUCCACCUCACAAGGGCGGGUGGUCAUGUAUGCAGCCCCGGGUACAAGACAUGACCAAUCGACGUCGGCGCAUUGUUAAGAGGAUGUGGGCCACGUUGGGCCAGUAGAAAGCUGUACACUUGUGCACAUCCAUUUCAGAAAGCACACACCUAGGAACGUGGACGAAGCAGAUCAGAUCUCCUAGUGACUUUUCUGGUUUUUUUUUUCUUUUGAGGAGAGACUAGGGUGGGUAGGAGGGUGGUUUCGUCUGUAUUUGUGGCGGUCGGCGGACUUUCACCUUUGAUGCAAAGGCGCCGAUGCAAUGGGAGCGUGCUUAGAGCACCGGCGUCACAGCUUGCAUCCGUUGCCGAGUGAUUCGUUAUACCCGUGACCUAUAGAUGUCGCACCUAGUAAAUUGAGAUUGAAGCCAAAGUGGCUGUCUGGAGGAGGACUUCGAGCGAGGCCGAAAGGAAGGAAGCGCGUUGUAGAUAACGUUGUGACAAAUGUGGGACAAGAUGCCGCUGUCAUUA